ACAGCGCUGCACUGAUGUGAGCCAGUUAUCUUAGCUAACGCUGCAGUUUAUGUGCCUCCUUUCGGUUGCUGGAAAAAUAUUCUAGAUGCCCUCAUUUGGUCGGGCAAGCAACGUUUCAUAGUUGUAAAUUUGGAGUUUUGCUUUCAUUUUCUAAAAAUAAAAUAAUAAUAAAUACUAUAGCUAAGGUUAGCUAGCCGUUAACUUUUAUAGCAACUGGCAACUUGGCUUGCGAAGAUCAUUUUUACGACAAAUAAAGAUUGGGAAGCUUUUUGAUUGGGAAGGAAAACCAGCUGUCGAAAUAAAACACAAUGGACCACACCAAAUUUCCCGUCAAACUCUAUAUUUACGACCUUUCUAAAGGAAUGGCUCGUCAGCUCAGCCCGAUAAUGCUAGGGAAGCAACUUGAUGGAAUUUGGCACACCUCCAUUGUUGUGUAUGGGGAGGAAUUCUUCUUUGGAGGAGUGGGCAUUUCAAGCUGUCAACCGGGUGGGACUGUGCUGGGUGAACCCAACACAGUGAUUGAGCUGGGCAGCACAGAAGUCACCGAGGAGAUCUUCAUGGACUACCUAUCUUCCCUGGGGGAAAGCACAUACAGAGGGGACAGGUACCGGCUGUUUGAGCACAACUGCAACACCUUCAGUAACGAGGUGGGCCUGUUUCUGACGGGGCGGAAGAUCCCCUCCUACAUCACAGACCUGCCGGCCGAAGUGCUCUCCACGCCCUUUGGGCAGGUCCUUCGGCCCUUCUUGGACUCCAUCCACAUCGCCCCUCCCGGGGGAAACGUCAUCGGCGGCCACCACGGCCAGAGAUAGAGCUCCGCAGAGUCACACACAGUAACACACUGCACACACACACGCACACGCACACACACACGCACACACACAGUAACACUGCACACGCACACACACAGUAACACUGCACAUAUGCGCGCACACACACACACACACACACACACACACACAGCAAGUAACACUGCACGCACACAUGCAGACACGCACACAGUAACACACACACACGCACACACACGCACACACACGCGGUAACACUGCACAUAUACACACACACGCACACACACACUGUAACACUGCGCACACACACACAGUAACCCACUGCACACACUGCACACACACAGUGUUUCCCAGGAUGAGAAUGUCAUAGGUGAUGACCCUCACCUUAACCUAAUUUAAUAUUUCUUAAAUUAACUAGUUAUAUGGAAGAUAUGGUUAUUCCAUACACUAUAUAUGCAUUAGACAUUUGUUUAAAAAAAACCAAAAAAAAACUAGUGUUAAACUAGCUUACCCCAGAAUAUGUUUUCUGGUAUCUUUCUCGGCAGUGGUAAAUAAUGCUGUGCCAGACACCGUCUUGAUGGAAUGCAUGCUCAAGAUUGCAUUUGCAUUCCCAACCUUGGCCUUGGCAAUGCCACUCGGAUUGUCGUUUUUUCAGAUGAGUCGCUGAAUAAAAUGAAAUGUUGUAUCGUUUAAUUCAACGGUCAGGUGCAUAUUCAGUAGUGCUCUUGAUUUCUGGAGUAUCAGCAUCCUGCUGCAAUUUAGUGCUGUGGGAAACUCUGUGUGUGUGCAAAAUAUAAACAUAUAAAUACACACACACACAUUAUAGUAUAUAUACACUCAGUGAUCACUUUAUUAGGUAUUUAUUAGACUUAUAUUUUAGGCUUAAGUCUUCUGCUGCUGUAGCCUAUCCACUUAAAGGUUUGAUGCGUUCAGAGAUGCUCUUCUGCAUACCACUCUUGUAAUGUGUAGUUAUUUGCAUUACUGUCACCUUCCUGUCGGCUUCGACCAGUCUUUUCCUCUGACUUCUCUCAUUGACAAGGCGUUUCUGCCCUCAAAACUGCUGCUCACUGGAUGUUUUUAGUUUUUCGCACCAUUCUCUGUUAACUCUGGAGACUGUUGUGCAUGAAAAUCCCAGGAGCAGUUUCUAAGAUACACAAACCACCCUGUCUGGCACCAACAAUCAUUCCACGGUCAAAUUAACGUAGAUCACAUUUCUUCCCCAUUCUGACAUUUGGUCUGAAAAAUAGCUGAACCUCUUGACUACGUCGGCAUGCUUUUAUGAUUUAGUUGCUGCCAUAUGAUUGGCUGAUUAAAUAUUUGCAUAACAAGCAGGUAUGCCUACCCAAGUGCUCACUGAGUGUAUGUAUAAAUAUAUAUAUGCUAUAUGAUAUAUAUAAAUAUAUAUAAUGUCAUAGGAGAGGUGUACGCCUUGGAAGCAUGUUUGUGCACUUGUUCCCAAGUGCUUUUUUAUUUUUGUAUUUAUGUACCCUGUUUUAAUCGAAUCUACCAACCUUCCAAGUACCCCGACCAACAAAAAUGUUCUGAAAAUAGUUUGUCCUUAUCUGCUUGAAUAAGGGAGUUUGGAAUGACUAUACUCUGUGAUUUGUAGUUUUAGUAGGGGGGGGAGGGGGAGGGGGGGAUGAUAUUGAAAGAGUAAAUUAUGAAACGAAGAUCAACAGUUUUGAAACAUAAGAUAGUUUGUUGAGUAAAAUGUGCCAUUACACACCUUUGACUCUAGGGAUAGCCAUUUGCGAACCGCAGCAGUUUGGGGUCUCUGACCAGGUCAGGUGCCACACAAUUGUAUCCACCCCUCUUUACUGCCCCCUGCUGGUCAGUUUAAAAAAAUGCGCUCUCUCCAGAUGAGCAAUACAGAAUCCCGAGGUUUGCCUGGGGCUCUUCCCAAUCGCUUAUGUUUUUCACCUCCUCCUUCCUGUCCUAGCUCCUUUUCUUGCUCCCACCUCCGCCCACCGGGGGAGGCUAAAAAGGGAGAGAGUAAAGGAGGUGACGGCGGUGGAAUUGAGAACAUCGUGGAUCGGGCGAAAGGAGUGCCCUUGCUCCUCAGGUACAGGCAUGGCAGGUGCGUAGCAGACGGGGAGAGCUGGAUCCAGAGGUCGCGCAUUCUGAAAAAGUACUUCUACGAAGGAUGCGCUCAUGCUUUCUUCAGUUCAGGUCGGUUUUAUUGGUGUAGCGCUGUUUGCGGAAGUCUCAAAGAUGCAUUACAGAGUAACAGAAGGGGGGAAAUAAAGCAGUAAUACCAGCCCUAAGCCAAAGAGCUCAAGAACACUUUGGGAACCUACUAAUCCCAGUUUCUAGCUGUUAGAAGGUUUGAAUUUCCUCAAAGGCCUUGAUCUUUUUCCGGGUCAGGUGAAGAACGAGGGAGAUGGAAAAUAUGCGAUUGGAAAUAUCUCUGGAAAAUGAGAAAUUUUAUUUUUAUUUAUUCACUUGUUUUGUUGUACGAUUUCAGCCAACUGCAUUAGGUUAUUAUUAUAAUAUUUUUUUUAUUAAUGUAUGUAUUUAAUGUAUUUUUGUUUGUAUUUUUACUGAUGCUGAGUGUAAACUCACCACACAGCACCUAGCAGUCAGUGCUGCCUCACUGCAGAAGCGCUCUGUCCUUUAACCACCGUAGGCCUUUCCUCUCUGAACAAAAAGGGGUGGAACUCCUCAGAGGGCCCCUGACUUCUGCCCCGUAUAACUAAACCCCAGCCAAGGCGUUUAGUGGGUCUCAUCACCCAUUCUCCCGACACCUGGGAAGGGCCUCCAACCAGACAUCCACGGGAAACGAACCGAGCCUUCUUCCAGCUGCUUAUUCUUUUCCUCCUUUCUCCUCCUUUCUCCCUGUCCCUCCCCUGACCCUUCAAGGCGCUCGGAGGCUCCUGAGCAGGAAAACAUGAGCGCAUCCUUCGCGGAAGAACGAUUUCGGCCUGUAGCGUAGCGGUUAUGGUACAUGACCGGGACCCGCAAGGUCGGUGGUCCGAUCCCCGGUGUAGCCACAAUAAGAUCCGCACAGCCGUCGGGCCCUUGAGCAAGGCCCUUAAUCCUGCAUUGUUCCGGGGGAGGAUUGUCUCCUGCUUAGUCUAAAUCAACUGUACGUCACUCUGGAUAAGAGCGUCUGCCAAAUGCCAUUAAUGUAAAGUUUUUAUUCCUCGGAGUCUAUGGGCCUCUGUGCGUAGUCCUCAGGUGGGGUGUGACCUGUACAUCGCUAUAGGCAGAAGGCUGAGCUAUUACAGCACCUGGAAAUGAGGACAAAGCAAACGGAUGGUUUAUAGUGAAAGUGAAGGUUUAUUAUCAGUGACUCAGUCUAUUUUUGGCAUAGAUUGUACAAUUGAACACCUUUUAAGCGGUUAUAAUUUUACAGACCGUUACUUUCUUUUUGCACAGGAGAACUGAGAAGAGGUUGUACUUUCGUGUUACUAUAACAACGUGCGCUCUCUCUCUGCCCUGUGUGGGGAAAUAGUUUUAAAGCAGGAUCAACGGAAAAAUUGUGGGGGGGAAAAGAAUAACCCCAUGCAGUUAUAUAAAAAGCAAUAUGCUGAUAUGUAUAUUGUUAAUAAUGAAUAAUUGUCCAUGAUUAUAAUAUUGUGAAUUAUUAUCAUGAAAUCCUGGCAUAGGUUGUGUAAUUCUAGUUUUGCUAGAGGGGUGUGCUGGCUUAAUGAGAGUGACUGUAGUUUAUCACCGGGCCUCUAUAUCUUCUCCUGGUGUGCGGCUGGUCACUCUCGGAUGUUUCUAUGGCAUUAGAAGCUCUGCUUUACAUAUGGUAGAUUCACUAUGUACUGUAGGUGCUUUAUUAAUUUAUUUAUUCAGCUCCCGCUGCCGAACAGUUAUUCACAGAUGAAGGUCCUCCUUGGGAAUGUGUGUAGAUCAGGGGUGCUCAACUCCGGUCCUCCAGGGCCGGUCCGCGUACUGGUUUUUGUUCCAACCGACCGCCUUGCUUUUAAUUUGCAGACCGCUCUAUAAAUGACCCUGGUUCAAGCCUGUACUUGAGCACAGUAAAAUAUCCUUAGGAUACACUUGCAGUCUGCAGCUGUAGCCGGUAUUCAUGCGCAUGUCAGGUAAGAUCUGAUUGAGUCGGCACAAAAUCCAGAAACGGAUCGGCCCCUGUUGCGCUCCCCCUGGUGUAGAUCAGGAGUUGGUGGACCUGUUCACGUACGUUAAUGUGGAUCUGCGCCCCGGUUAGGAUCGGUCACUGCUGCUCUGCAUUACGCUAUAAAGAUACUAGACAACUUAAUACGCCAAGAUUCCAUGUACCUGAACCAUGGUGUGAGAGGGGCCUCUGGCCUUCAGACAGAAGGAUGCUUGUCCUUCACUUAAUACUGGAUGUUGCCAAUUGCUGUUCACGUGACUUCCAACUGCCUUCAUGAUCAGCGGUGUGUCCCUCGCAUAUAAACCAAUUGUGUUAUUCUUGUAAUGCAUUUUCUUUGUUAUUUAUUGUUAAGAUCGCACCGAAAUGAAUAGAUAUUUGUGUAAUAUAUGAUUAUUUAUUUGUGAUUACUCCUCACUGUCUGUCAUUAUUGUUCUUGUCAUGCUGGUUUAUUAAAAAAAAUUUUUUUUUUGAUAGAGUUCAGAUAGAAAGCCGUCCCAGAUUGAACAACAUGCAUUCCAAUUUUUAUAUUCAUAUGCUUGGCCAGGGCGAAAUGUCCUGUCACUGUUUUGAUUAAAAUGUGCUUCUGAUUGUGAACGAA